AUGGCACUUAAUGCGAAACCGAGUGUUGGUUUGGAGUUUGAUAGCGUAGAUACGACUUGGCAAUUUUGGGUUGAAUAUGGUAAGAAAUGUGGUUUGGGAGUUAGAAAUGAUUACUUGAACAAACGAAAGGUAGAUGGCUUGAUUACAUCCGGCAUAUUUGUUUGUUCCAAGGAGGGCAGUAGGUUGAAAGACAAAAGAUCCUCUUUGGUUAAAAAGCCUAGGGCUGAUACAAGAUCAAGGUGUCCAGCAGGAGGUAGAGCUAAUCUCGGAUUUACACGAUUGGAUGUCAAAAACAAUCUUAAAGCAAGAAGACAACGUAGCAUGGUGUAUGGAAAAGUUGGUAGUCUUAUGCAGUAUUUUCAACACCAGAUGUUGGACAAUCCAUCAUUUUACCACGCAUAUCAAAUGGAUUGUGAUGAACAAAUCACAAACAUAUUUUGGGCUGAUGCAAGAAUGAUAUUGGAUUAUGGAUAUUUCGGUGAUGUAGUUUCUUUGGAUACAACAUAUUGCACCAACCGUGCUAAUCGACCACUUGCAUUAUUUUCAGGCUUUAACCAUUAUAGAGGCACAAUCCUUUUUGGGGCUGCACUACUAUAUGAUGAAACCGCUGACUCAUUCAAAUGGUUAUUUGAAACAUUUCUUGAAGCGCAUGGAAAUAAAAAGCCUCAAACCUUGUUCACUGACCAAGCCCAAGCAAUGGCUAAAGCACUAGGUGAGGUGAUACCAGAGACUCGACAUGGGUUAUGUACAUGGCAUUUGAUGCAAAAUGGGAUCAAACACCUAGGUAGCUUGAUGAAAGGGGGAAGUGAUUUCCUAACUGACUUUAAGAAGUGCAUGUAUGAAUACGAUUCAGAGGUGAAGUUUGAAGCAGCUUGGAGCAAGUUGGUUGCAAAAUUUGAUCUAUUUGGUAACAAUUGGGUGAAAUCAAUGUGUGGUAUCAAGCAAAAAUGGGCAUCAUGUCACAUGAACAAAGUUAUCACUCUUGGAAUGCGAAGCACUCAACUUAGUGAGAGUUUAAAUUCCAGUUUUAAGGCUUGUAUGAGCCCUGGUAUCAGUGUCAUUCAAUUCUUCCAACACUUUGAGAAAGUUGUUGAGGAGAAACGAUACAACGAGUUAGUAUGUGAGUAUGAGUCUCGACAUAAACUACCAAGGAUGAGAUAUCAACAUUCACCAAUUCUAAUGCAACUCGCACAAGUGUACACACAUAAAAUCUUUGAUACGUUCAAUGAUGAGUUUUCCUUAUUCUUAGCUGCUAGCAAAAAAACAGAGAAUCUGUCUCAACUUCCAUUUGAAUAUGUUAUCACCAUGUUUAAAGUGGAAGGAGAGUGGACAGUACUAUUUGAUCCAAUAACUUUCUCUAUAUCAUGUACUUGUAAAAAAUUUGAGACUUUUGGCAUACUCUGUUGUCAUGCAUUAAAAGUCAUUGAGGCAAAUGAUGUUAAACUGAUCCCCAAUCAAUACAUCUUAAAAAGAUGGACAAGAGAUGCUCGUGAUGGUGUUAUUUUUGAUAUUAGAGGAAAUGAGGUUGUUGAUGAUCCUAAACUGUUUAGAACACAUCGAUAUAAGAGAUUAUGCGCCACUAUAAUUAGAUUGGCAGCCGACGUGUCAACAUCUGAAUAUCUACAUAAGCUUGUAGAAAAGGGUUUGUAUGACUUGUGUAAGCUGGUGAUGGAGGCUCGAUUACGAGAAAUAGAGAAUGCCAAUGAUGAAGGUGAUGUCCCAACAACGCCUAAAGAGUUGUGUCGAGCUUAUAUCUAA